AUGGGCAUUGGGCAGAUCAUGGAACCCGCUGCAGCAUGGGACAGACCUUGUGACUUUCAGCUGGCGAACUGGACCGUUGAAGAACCAGUUGCUGAUCUCCCUCUCCCUGUAGAGUAUGCGUCUAUCGACAUACCCGUUGACUGCGGCAUCCAAGCAUAUGAAUAUGAUGUGCAGCAGCUGCUGGUUGAGUACUAUUCCGCAGCCUCACGACGAAUUUCUACAAGUGAGAAAGCGAAGAUCUCGAAUGACAGUCAUGCUAGGAAUGUGGUCAAUCAAGUACUGGAUGACUUUAAGGCUGAUAUGGACAUGAUGAAACAGAAGAUGCAUAGAUACCCUACAUGCCUUGGAGCUGUCGACAAGUCUUAUACCGUGCCAAGGAUCGUGGCCAUCGGCCCCUACCACCAUGGCCUGGAGCACCUCAAGCAGGCGGAGAAAGUGAAGCACGUCGCCGCCUGCCACUGCAUCGGGGACGUCCAGCUACUGGAGGAGAUGUAUGAAAAGUUCGUCCCCGACGCUGAUCUUGCUCGCCGCUUCUACGACAAGGAUGUGAUUGAAGGUAUCAGCUAUGAUGACUUCCGACAUAUGAUGUUCUUUGAUGCUUGCUUCUUGGUGCAGUACAUGGCUAUGCGGACUAGCUUUAUCCGCCGUGACAUAAUAGACGGGAGCUUGCAGAGAUUCAUGAGACCCAACCGCAGCGAUAUAUUUCAUGAUGUCAUGCUACUUGAGAACCAGCUCCCAUGGACGGUGGUCGAGAACGUCCUGAGCUUCAUGGCAGACAAUGACCCAGAUGUGCCAUCGAUACCCAAGAGGUUCGUAUAUAGAUUAAGGUACUGUAUGCAGCCAGACGACCAUCGUGAGCGUCCCGAAGAAGAAGAGCCUUUUAACUGGGAUGAUGAAUACAGACCGCCGCAUCUCCUUGGCCUCCUCCACUACUACAUUGUUGGACGAAGAAGCCACAUUGAUAAGGAGACGGACGAAGAACCCAAGAACUUGUCGUUUUUUGUCAGUGCCAUGGACCUUGCCGAAAUCGGCAUCACGCUCAAGGCCAACAAGACGUUGCAGCUCCUUGACAUGCAUCUCAAUCAGAAAGGGGCUGUCUUCACUGAGCUCUCAUUGGCGCCGUUGUCCCUGGACCGCAACCGUGCAAGCCACCUCGUCAGCAUGGCGGCUUUCGAGCUGUGCACGAUUGAAAGCUUCGGAGCUAAGAGAGCGAGAGAUGAGGACUCUGCUGUCUGCUCCUAUGUUAUGCUCCUGGCCAAUUUGGUGUACAGGGAGGAGGACGUGCAGGAGCUACGGGAGAGGGGUCUCCUGCAGAGAGGAGGAGGGCUCACCAACUCGGAGGCGCUCGCCUUCUUCACCAGCGUCCAAGGUCUGCGCUUCGGACCAUGCUACACUCGCAUCAUGAAACAGAUCAAGUACUACAGGGACAAUAGCCGUAUGAAGACCAAGCUGCACGCGUUCGUCCACUACCACAAGAAAACCAUCGCCGCGGUUGUCACCGGCAUUGGUGCGGUUGGCGGGAUCAUAGGGACACUCCUGUCGAUCAAAAAGUCCAUUUGA